AUGUGCUGGUGGUGUUGCAUGCGCGUGCUGGAGAAGUGCCUGCCGCGCAACGACAUCGUGCGCGAGCUGGCGCCGUACCUGCAGCACGUGCACCAGGAGGACGGGCUCGACGAGGACCCGCGGCGCGGCGGCGACCAGGGCGGACCGUGGGUGCGCUCCCAGAGCCCGCGCGGGUUAGAUAAAGACUCGGCAACUUCGAGCGACUCACUGCGACACGUGAACGCGAGCUACCCCCUGCGCCACAGCUUGGACUGCGAGCUGAGUCUCCAGCAACAGGACCUGGUGGGGGUGAACCCAACUCGGCCGUUAGGCAAAAUGAGCGUGAAAAAGCCGGACGGUGGCAGCAUGCAAGACGGCGGCAACUCGAGCGACUACGCUACUGCCAGUGUCCAGAAGGAGCAACUUGCCUCGCACGAGAUCUCGGCAACUCAGGACGGACUGCGGCCCAUGCGUAACCAGGGAAACUCGCAGAAGCAACAGGGCGCGGAUAGAGAGAACAUCACUCUGCUUCGCCUAACCAGGUUAGAGGCGGAGAGUGGUGGGGGGGGCAGCAGCACCCAAAGUGGCGAAGUUUCCGGCUCCGAGUACUCCGGGGUGGGUUCAAACGGCACCAUUUUGGGCAAAAAAUCCGCCGUGAACAAGAUUAAAACCGACUUGGGCGACCUCACCCCCGUGCGGUGGGAGAAGGUCGUGCUCGUGCAGGUUUCCGUGCAAGGCUUCCGGGAGAUGAUGACGCAAGCCAAAGACCUCAUGGAAGACGCAAAGUUGCUCUACGAGCACACGGUUUUAUCCAGACUGGCGUCCGAGUACGGCGGCCAGGAGAUUUUAUCCCAUUCUCGCUCUGGAUUAUUCGUGAUCGCCUUUGCCUCGGAGUUCCACGCCGCCAAGUGGUGUCUAUCCCUGCAACUGAGCUUGGUGUACGCCGCGUGGAACGACAAGUUGCUGAAACAGUUCGACGACAUGAAGGAAGUGUCGGUGACGACCAAUGGCAAGACCAAGAAGAACAUGCUGCUGUACCGUGGAUUCCGGGUGCGAAUGGUGAUCCACACGGCAGAUCCGGAUAUUUCGCCCGAGUUGUCGUUGUGCGAGGCGGUUAAGUGGACGCAGACGGUGAGCGAGUACGCGCAUGGAGGACAGAUUAUCCUGAGUGACAACGUCUGGGACCGGUUAAAGGAACAACUCGUGCAAUUGGGCAACCCCGUGGUGGAAGAUUUGGGCUGCCACGCGGUUUUAGGUGACGAGGUGUUGCUGAUGUUGCUGUUGCCGAGGGAUCUGGAGCUGAGACGGUUCCCGAGUCUAAAUAGUCCGCACCAGCUCUCGCUGGGCAUGCGUGACGCCCCGUCGGCGCAGAAGCCCGUGACGAUGGUGUUUACGUUCAUCGAGGGUGCUCGACCGCUGGUUCGUUGUCACGCGGAGGAGCUCGCAGAUCGCAUCAAGACGCUGUGUAUGGUGGCGCGCGAGCUGCUGCGUAAACACAAUGGCUACGAGUGUCAGGAGUUGCAGGGAGACUUCAUGCUGGCGUUCUUUACGCCUGCCAGUGCCAUCCUGUGGUGCGGCGAGUUCCAGCUGCGUAUUCGGCACAAGUUCCGCGAGUGGAAUAUGGAGAACGAGAACCAGGAGCUGCGCUUCUCGAUGUCGAUGGGGAUUGAAACAGGCGUGCCGGCGAGUGUAAGCCCGCACAAGACGAGUGGACGCGCCGAUUAUUUCGGCAACAUUGUGAAUCAGACGGCGCGUAUUGCCAAGGCGGCACAUGGUGGUCAGGUGCUUAUCGGCGGAGACGCUUGGAGUGCGUUCUGUGCUGCCCAAGCCGUAUGCUCGAGCCAGCAGAUUAUUACGAAGUCAGAGAAGAUCAAGGAUGUUCCAGGCUCGACUGUGUUCCAGUUCAAGGCUCACGGCUACUACAGUUUCAAGGGAAUCUCCAAGCCGAUCGGCCUUGUUGAGGCCAUCCCGAUUGAUGUGCAGUCGCCGAUGCUGAGCUUGGAGCUCGUGACGUUAGUGCGUGGUCGCGCGCCCAAGUCGAAGCGGAUUGAAGACGCCACACUGGUUAACCAGGCGAAGGCGACGGUGCCCGAUGUGCCGCUGGAGCUCGUUCGGCUGAGUCACGGCGGCGAGCAGCCCAACAACUCGAUCCGUGAGACGGAGUUCGACUUCAACCUCUCGUGGGACGACAGCAUUUUCGUGUUCGAGGACAUCGACGAGGAAGAGGGCGAGAUGGAGGGCGAGGGACACAGUCGCGGCUCGGCGAACCAAAUGGUGUGCGGCAGCGUGGCGCUCGCCAUGCGGAAUAGCCAGCUCAACCACUCACAGCUCAUGGCGCUGCUUCGAACAUCGGGCACAGAAGGCUCCAACACACCGUCACAGCGCAGCUCUGCUACUCCGACCCGGACUGAAGACAUGGAUCGAGUAUAA